UUCCUUUCUAAUCCAACGCGACGGAUCGGAUUCCCCCUCUUUCCUCUCUCAUAAACCCCUGGAAAAACUCAGUUCUCCGCCAAAACUCCUCCGUCCCUUCCCGCCUUCCCCCAUUUUAUCUUCUUCCAAAAACAUUCCCCAGUCUUCUCGAAGGAAAACAUAAAAUAAAAUCCCCAGCUUCCAUUUCUCAUCUCUCUGGUACCGCAGUUUCCAUCAGAGAAGAAGAGAGAAGGGAAAAAAGAAGAAGCCAUGGCUACUUCAAGAGAUAUUCAAGAAAUCGUUUCAAAGCUCUCAUCAGAGAAAGUCAAAUCUCGAGAAGAAGGUGUUAAGUUGUUGAGUAGCUGGAUGGAAGGUGAAAGGUCGUUCGGUUUCUGUAAAUUGCUUGGCCAGAACACUGCAAGGCUUGGACCUAAUGAGAUUCCGCAUGCGGAAACAUGGCCGUUUAUUAUUACGUUGCUCACGAAAUGUAUUAUGUUGGAAAUAUCGGCGAGUAAAAGGCGAUUGCCAAAGCUGUUUUUUGCAAAGACUCUUCGGAGUGUCAUUCAACAUGCUGAAGAUGCCAAGUUUUCAGGCAAGACGUUGCCUCUCUUGUCCGUAGUGAAGUUGCUUUUCAGCCAUAUCUGGGAUGUUAUAAAGGAUGUUCCAAGCUUCCAAUCUGAAUAUGGCAUUAUUCUCCGGCAUCUUUUGGCAGUGAGAGAAUACCGCUUUCACAUGAGGAAGCGGGUUUAUAAUAGUUUGGUACUUCUAUUCAGCAGUCAGGUACAAAUGGCCAUGGGUGGGAAAAAUAGUAUCCAAUCUAACACCAAAGAAGAAGUUUUCCGUUGCAUCCUCACACUCCACUCCCUCUUGGAAAACCCUCCUGGUGAUUUCCCCGAUAAUCUAAGGGAAGAUCUCAUUAAGGGGUUUGUUGGAAUUUUCUCGCAUGUAAGGGAGGAGGGGAAAAUUUCACGCAAACUCAUUGAAUGCAUCAAUAUGUUCUUGAUAAAAGAUGGCCCAAAUCUGGGCUCUCAGUCCAUGGAAAUCCAUUCCGCCAUGCAGGGAUUUAUGUUCCGCUGUUGGCUCACAACUCAUGAUCGUGGGUUGAAGAAUGCACUUAUUGUUUAUGCAAGGAUACAGUUAAAGCUUAACAGGAGUGUUGCUGAUGGAAGUCGUCUGAUAGAACUAAUUCUCGAUGUUGUUAGCAAGGACCUUGAUCAAAGCAAUGUCGUGGGCACUGGUAUUGCCUGGAGUGAUGCAGCGAGGGAUGAUAAGGUUGGAGCCUUGGCAAACUCACAGCGUGGUUUGAUGGAGCUUGCCGCCUCAGUCUUUUAUCAGGUGUGUGUGCAUACAACUAAAGUACCAUCAUCAGAGAAGCGACUUAAGAGGGAGAGUGCUGCCGCUCGUUUGAAAGAUGGUCUCAUGAAAGGGAAAUGGUUAUGGUAUGGUGCCUUUUGCUUCCUUAUCCGGAACUAUGGCUUACGCAUCAGUAGGGCUCUUGUCAGCUACUGGUUUGAGGGCAUCUGUGAAAGUUUUGAGAGGAUUUUGAAUGAUGCCAACACAGUGCAUGCUUAUGAUGGCCUUCUGUGGGCUAUACGGAGCCUGCAGGAGCUCCCUUCCUUGCUGCCGCUUCCGACUCCAGGAGGGGAGCCUUUGCAAUCAUCCAUCACCUCCAGUGAGGUUAAAGGUGGGUGGCAUAUAAUAUGGAGCUGUUUAAUGCAUGGGCUUCCUAUAUUCAGUAAUGUGACAUCAGUGGCUGAUGCAUCAUUAAUGCUCCUUGGGUGUAUUAUUUCAAAUGACCUAAUUAAUGUGCCCAUUGUGCCUCAAGAUGUUUGGGACCUCCGAAUGUUUAAGCAUAUGACAUCCAUGCCUGCUUUAUACUUCAUUGCUUGCUAUUUCUCAUGGAAAGGUUGUCAGGGUGACCUUCGUGAUGUUUUUCAUCUCAGACAAACUCUUCUAAGGGCAAUUUUUGGACUGUUUAACUUGAAGGAACCCUUUGUUUUAAAUGAGCGGAUGGUGAUGCUCUUGCCAGCAGCUAUUUUUUCUCUUUGUGCUGGUUGCACACACUUUCCGUCUUAUUCAAGGCAGUCAUUCAUGUUAAACUCUUAUAUUGAUAUUCUUGAAGCUGAGGACUGGACGAAGACAGAAGACCAUGACCAAGGACUGGUGAAUGAGCUUUCUGAAUGCUCGGUGGAAGUUUUGGCAGAAAUUGAGCCAGGAUGUUGUGUUGAGGUGUCCCAAACUGAACGCUAUCAUAAUUUGCGCCUUCCACGACAAGUAAGGCAUCCAUUAAUGCAGGAAAUGGAAGAUUAUUUUCUAACAACUGUAACUUCAGAUCAAGAGAUUGAAAAGAAGUCACUGUCAGAGCUCUUCUUUUCAUGUGCUUUCUUAUCCAAUUUCAUCUAUGUUUCAAUGUUAACCAGGCAUAAAGAAGGGAAUUCAACUUUCCUCACCAAAAUGCUUCAUCGUUUAUUAGAAUUACUAGAACAUGCUGUUUCUGUAAUUCAGGAAAAUCUCAAGGAAUCUCACAAUCAUGGCUGUUUGGGUUCUGGCCCCAUUGAUGAUGUAGUAACAGGUUCCACCCUAGCCGCUGUUAGAAUUCUUAUCCGCUCUCCACUUUUCAGCAUUUGGAAACAGAGAAAUGCAAGCAGCGAUGAGCUUCCUAGAAGUAUCAUUCAAGUUAUUGAGAGGCUUUUGCUGGCUCUAGCUAAUCUAUUUGAAGAAAUUUCCAAGUGUAAUACAAACUUAGAGUCUGAGACAGAUAUGGCAGAAUUCUUUCCAUCUUCUAUGACCUGCCCAAAAAAUUCUUAUACUAUGAAUGAUGGUAAAGUGAGGAUUGUUGAUAUGGAGCUGGACAUAGAAGACGAAUCCAAAGAUGCAGAUACUGCAGCUGCUAGUGGGAAGAACAUUUCUGGGUUUUCUUUGUCCUCUGUGCAGUUGAAGCUGGACAUGCUUUCAGCAAUUUCAAGUUUCUUCUGUGUUUUGCCUGAUAAUACAUGGGAAAUCAUGUUUGAUCUCAUGGGAAAAGAAAAUGAUUCCAAGGUGCAUGAAAGUAUGCUCCACGGUCUUUGUCAAAAUUUUGCUUGCUCUUCUACCAGAACUCUUUCGGAAUUGGUCAAUUCAAUGAAUAACAUGAUGAAAGCGAGUCUGACUCUAAAACUCUGUUGUGUUAAUGUCGUAAAUGCCAUCCAUGGUUUGCUGGGGGCAUUACUACCCUCGGGUUCUGUUGGAAAAGAUGAAAAUGUUAAGCAGUUUGGAAGGGGAAAGGCAACGGAUCAGAACUUGGUACCCCUUGGAGAUUUGGUUAACAAAGUAGUGGAGAUUGGUCUUAUUGAUUGGUCUGCACGUGUUAAGCUGAUUGAUUGCAUAUGCUAUUUUGUAAUGCUCGAUCCUCGCAUUGCCCAGGCUAUGAUUGAGAGACUUCUUGCGAUGCUUCAAGAUACUGAUUAUCGAGUUAGGCUCUUCUUGGCAAGACGAGUUGGUGUGCUUUUCCAGACGUGGGAUGGGCAUGAUGAGUUAUUUCAGGAUAUUUGUUCCAAUUUUGGUAUCAAGCUAGUGAUGGCCUCAAAAGAGAAGCUUGUUACAGCAAGGGAGGUUUUGGCCACUGAUGUUCAGCCGCGGUUAACUAUGGAAACUAGUAUUGUUACACUGGCACAUAUUGCAUUUUGCAGUGAGAAAGUAGAGCUGGAGGCUAUCUUCAUGCUGUGUGUUGUUGCUGCGAUGGAUCCUUGUCAGAGGGAACUGGUUUUUGCAGUACUUGAUAAUCUAUCAGGACGACUCCAAUACACAACUAGGUCAAAGUACUUGGAGGAACUUAUGGGAUCAAUUCUUUCUUGUUGGGUGGCUUGCGGUGUAAGUUUAGUUGCACUCGUUGAGGUACGGGAUCUUUUUGUUAUUAAAUCAGAACCAAAUUUCUUCAUGCAGUAUUGCUGCCCUUGGCUUCUUCCGCCAUUAAUUUUGAGUGAAAACAGUACCGAUCUCAACUGGGUUUCUACGGUUGCUUGCCAACCUUUGGCAGUUCUUGCAAAGAACCAUUUUGUGCCUAUUUUUGCAGUCUGCAUGGCAUUUCAUUGCAGUACAAAGUCGGACAAGGAAAAAGGAGCAAUGGUACUUCGCAGUUCAAUUUUACACCUUGCUGAAAUUUCCGAGCAUGAACGAGAUGAUCUCAUAAAGAAACAGAUGGUAACAAUUGUCAGUUUCCUUCUAUCGCUUUCCUCUUCUGCCAUGGACCCUGCAAUCCCUUUCUUUUCCGUGGACACAAUUGUCCUUGCUAUAAGAACAAUUGUUGAUGGAUUCUUGGAGAUGGAUGAUCAUCAUACAAAUGCUGGUGUUAUUGAUAAAAUCCACAUUUUCCGUCCUGAUAGAGUAUUCAUGUUUCUAGUAGAGAUACAUCACCAGAUUACAGCAGCAGUUCCUCCUAGGCACAGGUGUCAUCGGUUGUCUGGAAUCGAGGUGCUUACCAAUAUAAUUGGACAUAGGGUUUCAGUUCCAAGCACUUGCUGUUAUCUUUUCAAUUUAGUUGGACAAUUUAUUGGGUGCCGGGCUUUGCAAGACCAGUGCUGUCUUAUCCUGUCCACGUUGCUCGAAGCUUUUAAGAACAAUCCCACCAAAGAUGUUACCAGCGUGCUAGGUGAACAACUCCAGUUUUUGGUAUCAAAAUUGGUUGCUUGUUGCAUUCCUUCUAAUAACAAUCUGGACCCAUUUGUUCAAUCUUCUAGAGUUUUAUCUUUGCUUCACCAGUUAACUGUGGAUGCUGAUCCAUCUCUUUACGAUUACAUCAGAGAAUUGGAACCCUUUCCUGAGCUUCAUUGCUUUGAAAGGAUUCAUAUUUUUCAUCAGCAACUUUGCAAAGCCUACUCUCCAAAAGACCACUUUACGAAGUUUGUAACGAGAACUUGCUACCUUCCUCAGAGAUUGCUUUUAUGGAGUCUUCAAACACUGCACAAAAAAUUAGUAAUGAGGGAAAUCAUUCAUCCAGAGAAGAAUGCAGAAGAUAUUCGUGAGGAGUUUAAUUGCUGGCAUUGUGAACCUGAAAUUGUCUCUGCUGUAUGGACGCUAGUUGGCAUGUGUACUUCAGAGGAUGCAAAGGAUAUCCGAGAAUUGGUUGCGGACUUCAUUUCCAGGGUUGGCGUAGGGGAUCCACAUUGUGUUGUUUUCCGUUUGCCUGGAGAUGUUAAUCAAAAGCUUCUAUUUAAGCCACUUGCUCAUGGGGAAGUUGGGUUUUAUACUGAUAUCGGUGUAUCAGAACGGCUUCUGAUCAAACUAAUAAGGCUGUUAAAGAAGUCUCUAUUAGAUGAUUCUGUGAAGAUAGUUGAUAUGACUGCACGAGCUCUCCGUGGGAUACUUUCAACUGAAAGAGGUCAAAGUGCUCUGUUGUCUUUUGAAUCUUAUGAGAAGUCCCUUGUUGAGAUUCACUCGAAGGGGAUUAAUUCCGAUUUGGUUGGGAAGUUGCUAUUGGAUAUUGAAAGAAAGUCUAAUGCUGAAGCCAUUCUGUUGGAGGAUUCUAAUGUGUGGAAGACACAUGGAAAAACGUUCGAGAUGUGGGUUUGCCCACUCGUGUACUCACUUAUCAAUCAUUGCAGUGAUACGAUUCUGAGGUUGUGUCAAGAUAUAGUUCUCCUGAAGGCAGAAGUGGCUGAGCUUCUGUUUCCAGUUGUUCUUGUACACCUAGCAGGAAAGAAGGAUUUGAAUUCAGACCUUUGCCAAUUAAUCUCCAUGCAGGUUCAAGAAAAUAUCUUCACAGAAUCCAAUGACUUGGUAAAAUCAGUUCAGGUUAUGUUGGAUGCACUGAAUGAGCUUCGACUACAUUAUGUCGUUGAAAGAGCAGAUACAUCUUCGGCACCAUCCAAGCGAGAAAGUGCAAAGCAUGCUAAGCCUUCCAGUUAUAGUUCAAGGUCCCGUUGCGCAUCUGAAAAAUCAAAAGAUGCAUCAACUAGACAGAAUGCAGGGAUCAUGUUGAGUUCAUCAUGGAAGAAGGUGUACUGGCUUUCGAUCGAUUAUCUUGUGGUUGCUAAUUCAGCAAUUCAUUGUGGCUCAUACUUCACCUCCGUUAUGUAUUUGGAGCAUUGGUGUGAAGAUCAUUUUAACAGCCUGACAUUGGGAGACCCUGAUUUUUCCCAUAUUGAAACUCUGCCACCCCACAUUGAAUUACUAGUUGCAGCGGUCACACAAAUCAAUGAACCUGACAGCAUAUAUGGGAUCAUCCAAUCACAUAAGCUGACAUCUCAAAUCAUCACCUACGAGCACGAGGGGAAUUGGAGCAAGGCACUUGAGUAUUACGACUUACUUGUUAGAACAGCACCAAUCAAACAAAUGGAUGGUUUGCCGGGUAAUUCGUCAAGUGACUAUUCUCAGGGAAUCCAUCAGCCAGCCUUCAACUCAGAAAACGAGAGAGGGAACCGGAAAUCUUACAAAGGCCUCAUGAGAUCUUUGCAGCAAACAGGUUGUACUCAUCUGCUGGAUGUAUAUUGCCAAGGAUUGACAACUCAGAAAGGCCAGUUUGAAAACGAUUCAGAGUUCACUGAAUUACAGUAUGAAGCUGCUUGGCGAGCUGGAAAUUGGGACUUCUCCUUACUUUCCACGGAUGCUAAUUCUCCGCACUCCAGACAGCAUGUUCAAAACAGUCACUUUAAUGAAAACUUGCACAGUUGUUUGAGGACCUUGCAAGAGGGAGAUAGCAAUGAAUUUCAUAUGAAGCUUAUAGACGCAAAGCAGGAGCUUGUGUUCUCAAUCUCUCAUGCAAGCAAGGAGAGUACUGAAAAAAUUUACUCGGCGAUAGUAAAACUUCAGAUUUUAGACCAUCUUGGCAUGGCUUGGGAUCUACGCUGGAAGUCAUCUCCAUGUGAAACAAUAAAACCCUUUCCAGACUUGCAAAAUGUUUUUCAUGAACCUGUGAUCCCUAGCAUAACGCAGUUGGAGUUACUGAAUACAGAUUGGAGCUUCAUUUUGAAACGGACACAGUUACAUCUGAAUCUGUUGGAACCAUUUAUUGCAUUCAGGCGAGUUCUACUUCAAAUCUUGAAUUGCAAGGACUGCACAAUACAACAUCUUCUACAAGCUGCUUCCACUCUUCGCAAGGGCUCUAGGUUUUCUCUAGCAGCUGCAGCUUUGCAUGAGUUCAAGUUCCUCAGUGCUGGUGCAGAAGGACAACAAGCGACCUCAUAUAUCUGUUCUCUCGGAAGGCUUGAAGAAGCUAAACUUUUACGGGCCCAAGGUCAGCAUGAGAUGGCUAUUAAUCUUGCAAGAUAUAUUUUGGAUCAUUAUCAAUUGAAUGAAGAAGCUUCAAAUGUACACCGUCUAGUUGGGAAGUGGUUGGCAGAAACUCGAUCUAGCAACUCUAGAACUAUUUUAGAACAGUAUCUAAAACAUGCUGUGGAACUUACGGUGCGUGACAAGACUACAUCCAAGAAGUGUGUUGCAAGACAAUCUCAAAAUUAUUUCCAUCUUGCUCACUAUACGGAUGCUCUGUUUAGGAGUCAUGAAGAAAGACUUACCUCUAGCGAAUGGCAAGCAGCUUUGCGAUUGAGGAGGCAUAAGACUAAAGAGUUGGAGGCACUCAUUAAAAGAUUAAAAAGUUCAACAAAGGGUGAAAAGACUGACUAUUCGGUAAAAAUACAAGAGUUGCAGAAGCAGCUUGCAAUGGACCGGGAGGAGGCUAAAAAAUUGCAGGAUGACAGGGACAACUUCCUCAGCCUAGCAUUGGAGGGAUAUCAGCGUUGUUUGGUCAUAGGAGACAAGUACGAUCUGAAAGUGGUAUUCCGACUUGUUUCCCUGUGGUUCAGUCUCUCUUCUAGACAAAAUGUUAUAAACGGCAUGCUGAGUGCCGUAAAGGAGGUUCAAUCAUACAAGUUUAUACCAUUGAUGUAUCAAAUUGCUUCCAGAAUGGGUAGCUCAAAAGAUGGGCAAGGAUCAUAUAAUUUCCAGUUUGCUUUGGUUUCUCUUGUGAAGAAAAUGGCCAUCGACCAUCCAUAUCAUACUAUAUUUCAGCUCCUUGCUUUAGCAAAUGGUGAUCGCGUUAAGGACAAGCAGCGGAGUAGGAACUCGUUUGUGGUGGACAUGGACAAAAAACUUGCAGCAGAAAAUCUCUUAAAUGAGUUAUCUUCACACCAUGAAGCUAUAAUUAGACAGAUGAAACAGGUAGUGGAGAUCUAUAUCAAGUUAGCUGAACUGGAGACAAAGAAAGAGGAUAUUAAUAAGAAUAUAACACUGCCAAGAGAAAUUCGCAGUCUUCGACAACUUGAACUUGUACCUGUGGUAACAGCUACUUUUCCAGUUGAUCGAAGUUGCCAGUAUCAUGAAGGAUCUUUUCCACACUACAAGGGCUUGGGAGAUUCUAUCAUGGUAAUGAAUGGUAUAAAUACCCCAAAAGUGGUCGAGUGCCUUGGCUCAGAUGGUCACAAAUACCGACAACUAGCUAAAUCUGGGAACGAUGACCUACGACAAGAUGCUGUCAUGGAGCAAUUUUUUGGUUUAGUAAACACAUUUUUACAAAACCAUCGAGAUACAUGGAAAAGGAGACUAGGUAUUCGAACAUACAAGGUUGUUCCCUUUACCCCAAGUGCUGGUGUCCUCGAAUGGGUUGACCGCACUAUUCCAAUUGGUGAAUAUCUUAUAGGAAGCAUGAGGACCAGCGGAGCUCAUGGACGCUACGGAAUUGGAGACUGGACGUUUCUCCAGUGCCGAGAAUACAUGGCAACUGAAAAGGACAAGCGUAAGGCAUUUAACAAAGUCUGUGAGAAUUUCAGACCUGUCAUGCACUACUUCUUCUUGGAGAGAUAUUUGCAGCCUGCCGAUUGGUUUGAAAACAGAUUGUCCUACACACGAAGUGUGGCAGCUAGUUCAAUGGUGGGCUACAUUGUUGGGCUUGGAGAUCGGCAUUCAAAUAACAUUCUCAUUGACCAAGCUACUGCAGAAGUAGUUCACAUCGAUCUCGGUGUUGCCUUUGAACAGGGCCUGAUGCUCAAAACACCGGAGAGGGUUCCAUUCCGGCUGACAAGAGACAUCAUAGAUGGUAUGGGAGUUACUGGAGUAGAGGGUGUUUUUAGAAGAUGUUGCGAGGAAACCCUCUCUGUAAUGAGAACAAAUAAGGAGGCACUACUUACAAUAAUUGAAGUGUUCAUUCAUGACCCGCUUUAUAAAUGGGCUUUGUCCCCUCUGAAGGCUUUGCAGCGUCAGAAGGAAACGGAUGAUGAUAUCGAGUCUGGUUUGGAGGAUUCGCAAGAUGUAUGUGAAGGAAACAAGGAUGCAGCACGUGCACUGAUGCGUGUCAAACAGAAGCUAGAUGGGUAUGAAGAGGGGGAAAUGAGAAGCGUGCAAGGCCAGGUCCAACAACUCAUACAAGACGCCAUUGAUGCCGAACAUUUAUGCCAGAUGUUCCCAGGCUGGGGAGCUUGGAUGUGAUCUAGUUCCCAAUCACCUUCGGCAGCUAUGGCACCCAAACACAUUGUACAGGCGGAUUUUUUAUUUUAUUUUUUUUUUCCUUGUUUUUUCCCCUUCUACCGAGUCCAAGUGUAUUGGAUGAUGUUGCUGCUUCGGUGUGCGAUUUUUUUGUCCAUUAAUGAAUGUAUGCUUCUGUAUUAUAUAAUAAUGUCAAGAGCAUUUACAGA